GCGCGGGCCGCGGCCGCCGAACAAAGGAGCAGGGGCGCCGCCGCGAGGAUCCGCUACCCACCUCCUGGGGCUGCGUCGGGGCCUCUCGUUUGCCGCCACCAUGACCACCAACGGCACGGCCGAGGCGGUGCAGAUCCAGUUCGGCCUCAUUAACUGCGGCAACAAGUACCUGACGGCCGAGGCAUUCGGGUUCAAGGUGAACGCGUCGGCGAGCAGCCUGAAGAAGAAGCAGAUCUGGACGCUGGAGCAGCCGCCCGACGAGGCGGGCAGCGCGGCCGUGUGCCUGCGCAGCCACCUGGGCCGCUACCUGGCGGCGGACAAGGACGGCAACGUGACCUGCGAGCGCGAGGUGCCCGGCGCCGACUGCCGCUUUCUCAUCGUGGCGCACGACGACGGCCGCUGGUCGUUGCAGUCCGAGGCGCACCGGCGCUACUUCGGCGGCACCGAGGACCGCCUGUCGUGUUUCGCGCAGACCGUGUCGCCGGCCGAGAAAUGGAGCGUGCACAUCGCCAUGCACCCGCAGGUCAACAUCUACAGCCUCACCCGCAAGCGCUACGCGCACCUGAGCGCGCGGCCGGCAGAUGAGAUCGCCGUGGACCGCGACGUGCCCUGGGGCGUCGACUCGCUUAUCACGCUGGCCUUCCAGGACCAGCGCUACAGCGUGCAGACGGCCGACCACCGCUUCCUGCGCCACGACGGGCGGCUGGUGGCGCGCCCCGAGCCCGCCACCGGCUACACGCUGGAGUUCCGCUCCGGCAAGGUGGCCUUCCGCGACUGCGAAGGCCGCUACCUGGCGCCGUCGGGGCCCAGCGGCACGCUCAAGGCGGGCAAGGCCACCAAGGUGGGCAAGGACGAGCUCUUCGCCCUGGAGCAGAGCUGCGCCCAGGUCGUGCUGCAGGCGGCCAACGAGAGGAACGUGUCCACGCGCCAGGGUAUGGACCUAUCGGCCAAUCAGGACGAAGAGACCGACCAGGAGACUUUCCAGCUGGAGAUCGACCGUGACACCAAAAAGUGCGCUUUCCGCACCCACACGGGCAAGUACUGGACGCUGACGGCCACUGGGGGCGUGCAGUCCACCGCUUCCACCAAGAAUGCCAGCUGCUACUUUGACAUCGAGUGGCGUGAUCGGCGUAUCACACUGCGAGCAUCCAAUGGCAAGUUUGUGACCGCCAAGAAGAACGGGCAGCUGGCUGCCUCGGUGGAGACAGCAGGGGAAGCAGAGCUCUUCCUCAUGAAGCUGAUCAACCGUCCCAUCAUUGUGUUCCGUGGGGAGCAUGGUUUUAUCGGCUGCCGCAAGGUCACGGGCACCCUGGAUGCCAACCGCUCCAACUACGAUGUCUUCCAGCUUGAGUUCAACGACGGUGCCUACAACAUCAAAGACUCCACGGGCAAGUACUGGACGGUGGGCAACGACUCCUCGGUCACCAGCAGCAGCGACACCCCCGUGGACUUCUUCUUCGAGUUCUGCGAUUACAACAAAGUGGCUAUCAAGGUGGGCGGGCGCUACCUGAAGGGGGACCACGCAGGGGUCCUGAAGGCCUCCGCUGAGACCAUCGACCCUGCCUCACUCUGGGAGUACUAGGGCCCCGCCCACCUCCUGUCCCAUUCCACCCCAUUCUGGCUCCUCCAGACCCCUCCUGCUAACUCUCUUCUCCAGGUGGGCUCCGGGGUGGCGAGCCCCUUGCCUUUUAAACUGGAAACCCCAGAGAAAAUGGUGCCCCCACCUGUUGUCCCUUCUGGACUUUCCUCCCACCUGGGUCCCCCCCACUCGUGGGUCUGGCUAUGGCCUGUUCCUUGGAGGGAUUUCAGAUUCCUCUGCCCUCUUCUCUGCCAUGGAGUGAGGCUGGCACCUCUUUCUUCUGACCUCAGACGACUGAGCCUUAUUUUCCUGGAUGUGGCCAAGGAGAGUGGGGGGCUGGGAGGCCUUCCUGAGCCCCUGGGCAUGGCAGGGCAUGUAACUGGAAUCUCCUGCCCCCUCCUGACACCCUCUCCCCCUGCACCCCAGGAGCCAGGCCCCAAGGCUGUCAGCGGCCCCUCCCUGGUGCACCGUCCCUGCACCCCUGCAUCAGGAGUGUGCCUGAGACUUGCCCAUGCAUGUUUUUCUGGGUCUUGGCUGGAGGGCGGCCUCCCUUGUGCCCUUCAGAGGCCCAGGCUGGCUCCCCUUGCUGGGAGUGGGCACAAGGUCUGCCCACUGUGCAUUCCUCUGUGGGGAUGCUUGGGGGUGGGAUGGGGGGACGCCUUGCUCCUGUCUCUUUCCUUUCACCCUGGCCUGACUGGAAGCAGAAAAUGACCAAAUCAGUAUUUUUUUUAAUGAAAUGUUCUUGCUGUAGGUGCCCCGGGUAAGCCUGGUUGUAGUAAUGAAUGGUCUUCAAGGGGGUUUGGGGGAGUGUCUCAGCACCUGCCUGAGUCCAGACCUGCUCCCACCUUCCCAGGGGGCUCGCAUCUCCGUCCCCUCCCUCCUUCCUCCUGGGCAUGGCUGGUCCCCUCCCUGCAUCAGCCAGAGCCCCUGCUGUGAUUGGUGCUCCGCGUCUGACUGGACUCCUCGGGUCUCCUGGGCUGGAUGAAGCCAGGCGGUGCCCUCAGCUGGGAGCCAGUGCCCCCACCCCCCCAACUGCCGUGCAUCUCACUCUGGGUGUCUUGGUCUUUUAUUUUUUUGUAAGUGUCAUUUGUAUAACUCUAAACGCCCAUGAUAGUAGCUUCAAACUGGAAAGAGCAAAAUAAAAUAACUUGAGUCUGCA